CACACACAGAUUCAUCGCUGCACAUCCAGGCUGGAGGCGAGCCAGCUCGCUCCGCGGGGAAGAGCUCCCGGCGACGACACCCAUCACUUCUGGACCCGUCCGUCUGCAGGAGUCCUGCUCCGAGUCCACAGACAUGCGUCUCACGUCUCCAAACAGCCCGAACACGUCCAUCUGCCGGAUCUCCUGGACCGCGUUUGCAGAGCGAGCCAUCGGCGCGGAGAAGUGAUAACUGCUGCAUUUGUUUUCCUCUCUCUCUCUCUCUCUUUUGCUCUGCCGGCACUUGAGGAGGGAAAGUGGAUGGCUGUUGUUUUUUGGUGGCUGCGCGCCGGGGAAGAGUGCUUACCUCAGGAUUUGUGGACGAGGGAGGGGGGGUGUGCUAAAAAAGCUGCGGCAUCAGACUGGGAUCUCCGGCUCCGUGGUGGGCAUUUUUAAAUGAUCCAUAUUUGCUCAUCUCAGUUGCACGUGUGGACAUAUUUCAGCAGCAGGGCUGCUUUCGUCCUCUCCAUGGAGUAGCGCUACCUUAAGGAAGAGCCCCCGGGCCGCGGAGCGUGUAAAGAUGCCCGUUUGAGGAGGACAGGAAGCUUGCCUUGUUUUGGGAGCAGCGGCCGGGGCGAACGACUCCAGAGACUUGGACGACGGGAUGAUGGCUGCGGCGAGCUGACGCCGCUCCCUCCAAACAUGAACUCUUCCUCCGAUGCCAACCAAAGCGGUUCUGCCCUGUUCUGCCUGCUGGGCGCUGCGGGUUACUCGCACCGCCUGGACACCUGCAUGCUGGAGGUGGCCGUCAUCCUAUUCCUCACCGUGCUCAUCAUCGUGGGAAACCUGGUGGUCAUCUUCGUGUUCCACUGCGCUCCGCUACUGCACCACCACACCACCAGCCACUUCAUCCAGACCAUGGCCUACGCCGACCUGCUGGUGGGCGUCAGCUGCCUGGCGCCCUCCCUGUCCCUGCUGCACCGCCUCCGCGGCCUGAACGAGGAGGUCACCUGCAAGGUGUUCGGCUACAUGGUCUCUGUGCUGAAGAGCGUGUCCAUGGCGUCGCUGGCGUGCAUCAGCGUGGACCGCUACAUCGCCAUCACCCGCCCGCUGUCCUACGCCACGCUGGUGACGCCGUGCCGGCUGAGGGCGUGCAUCGUGCUGAUCUGGGUGUACUCCGCCCUGAUCUUCCUGCCUUCCUUCUUUGGCUGGGGGAAGCCGGGGUACCACGGGGACAUAUUUGAGUGGUGCGCCGACUCGUGGAAGACCAACCCCGGCUUCAGCAGCUUCAUCGUGCUGCUGCUGUACGCGCCGGCCGCACUCACCGUCUGCUUCACCUACGGAAGUAUAUUCCGCAUCUGCCGGCAGCAUACGCGGGAGAUCACCCAGCGCCAGGCCCGCUUCAGCUCGCAGACGGACGCCAGCAAAGGCGAGCGGGGGGAGCGCUGCGACGGCUGCACCGACAAACGCUACGCCAUGGUGCUGUUCCGCAUCACCAGCGUCUUCUACGUGCUGUGGAUGCCGUACAUCCUGUACUUCCUGCUGGAGAGCGCCGGGCUGUAUCGCCACAUGGUGGCGUCCUUCUUCACCACGUGGCUCGCCAUCAGCAACAGUUUCUGCAACUGCCUCAUCUACAGCCUCUCCAACAGCGUCUUCCGCAAAGGUCUCGGCAGCCUCUUCAGCCCGCUGUUCCCAUCAUGCCUCAGCUGCAGAGAAGCCAAGAAGCCCCCGGCGCCCGUCAGCCUGCGGACCGAUACGCGGUGCCAAGUGUGAGACCUGACCUGGAGGAUGUGGUUUAGUCACUUUGCUGAAAUCUGUGUGGCACGAUGCAGGUCGUCUGGGUCUCAGGACCCCCCCUGCAUGGAGCACAGCGAGGCGCCCUCGCGGGUGCCUGUUGGUCCUUUCUGAGGCAGAUUUUGAGGGGAAAAGGAGGCUCCCGGGUUCCUGCUGGAGCUUUGUUGGAUACUGGCACGGCGAUGCUGCUUCAAGGCUUCAAGCCCAAGACGAGGAGUAAAGAAAGUUGGAGAAAGAUUAAUUUUCUGCCAGUUUAGUGGAUUUAUCAAGUAUUUCUGCCUGCACUUACUCAAGCACUCCCAGGAAAGCACAUUUCAACCUGCACUGUCCAAACCACUGAGAUGCAAAAAACAUAUUGGUCUCUUGACUGACUGAUAAAUCUGCAAAGUGUCUUUCAGGGUAUGAUUGAGCAUUUGAAAAUGGCUCUAAUCCAGCUUCCUAAAGGAUCCGUGAAAAGUGAGAGCCCCCAAAAACAUUUAAAUGAUGUGAUUUUCAGUUUGUGUGAGAAAAAGUUUUUCAAAGAAGCUUUUUCAACCAGUUUCUCUGGUUUGAAGCUGGGUUUUCUUAGGAAGGGGCUUACUCAGCCCCUGGGUUUCACAUGAAACUGUUGAUUUAUGAAUUACUGUCAAAGAUUUCUCUGAAGUUUUUCAGCCGACAGUGUUGGAUUCUCAUCAAGGAGACAAUAAAUCUUUAUUUAUUUGGAGCGAUUUCCUCUUGUUUUGCUUGGUCUUCAGGUUUACCAGAAGUUCUCCGUCGAGGCUCUGGGCUGUUUGUCGACGCUCGCAAGCCUUGCAGUGGUUUAUAUAAAUUAAUCAUCUCGCUGAAUCUCAAAAACAAAUCUGCUUGUGUUUCUCUGAAAUCCCACGGCAGCUGACUGUUGCUGGCGUGAAGGAGAGGAGGGCCUCAGACUUUUAAGGAGGUCGGAGAAUGAGUGGCUUUUUUGGCUUUGUGUAAAUACUUGAAGAAUCUCGAUUAAAGCGGCGGUCAGCUGGGCCCUUCUCGAGGCAUUUCUGGCCCCGGAUUCGUCGUAGACCAGCAGGGUUGAAAAUAAAGUGGUAUUUCAGAAGUCUGACGUGCUGUACUUUGGACUGUUCCAGUUUAUUUCAUUUAUUGGAUUCUUCAGUAGGGGAAGUUAAAGGAAAAGUUUUGAAUCUUCACAAAGUUCAGUAGAGAGAUCAAUAACUGUUGUAAACAGUGAGAAGAGACUGGUUGUUGGUCUAUGCGAUGGUGUCCAAAGGUAGCUUCUUCUGAGUCUAUAUUUUAAUGGAAGUCGAAGUGAAAUCCAGAGAAACCAGACUGACGAUUUGUAUGGAAGAAGAUUAGAAUUAGGAUUAAGAUAUGAUGGCACCAAGGCCUAAAUAUCCUGGAUGAAAAAAAAUAACAAAACAUUUGUAGAUAAGGCUAAAGUGGCCAAACGGUGAAAGAAGCUGCUUCUGCAUAUUCACCCUCUAUGACAAAGAUGAACAGUUGAACCCAGAAAAGAGCUCCAACAAGUCUGUUUUCUUUCUUCUGCUGCAUAAACGACCAACUUUUUUCUGAAGAUGCAUCGUGAUAACAAGGUCGACCUGUGAUAAUGGACUAGAAGUAACGCUGAGCUGAAGCCUUUUUUUCCCUCUCUCUCCUUAUACGAAGUAAAAACCCUACAAUAUUUAAGUUCUUUGACAUGAUCCAAUUUCUGAUUCAAUUCUACAUAAAUAAGAUUAAAUUAAGUUAAAUAAAUUGAAUCAGCUAAACUAGGCCAAGCCUGUUGACUCGCAAAGCUCAGAAAAGUGCUGAUGCACACACUUCACGUGAUUUUUAUUUAUUUAUUUUUUAUUGAGGUCAAAAAAACUUGUAAAGCUGCGACGGCCUUCACCUACAAAAUAGGAGAUUUCAAAAUGUUUUUUGAUUUUUAAGAUAUUUAAAACUCACAAGAGACUGUAUGAACCCAGUGCUCAUAACUUUGUGCCCAAGGUUCUUAGAAGUAGACCGAACAUCUUUGGUGGCCUUUUAAUAUUUUAAAUUUCACCUUAAAGGAUGUUUUGAGGAUUUAUUUAUUACUAAAUGGCGAUGAAUGCUUUCUUUACCACAGGUCACAGUUCAAAGGUCAGAUUCUAGUUCAGAGACUUGCAUGUGGAGGAAACUUUCCACCGUACCUCCAACAUGUGGUUCAUCUCUCAGCUUAUUUCUCUGUACGUGUCGUGUGCUCAGAAUGUGUUUUUGAACUUGUACUGUACCGCAAAUGUUUGUUCACGGGCUUCAUUUAUUGUUGAAGGUGCUUUUAAGAGAUCUUCUGCGCAUGAUUCUGGUUUAGUCUGGAUCCCUGUUUGUGUCUAGCGAGUUAUUUAGUGACACUCUACUGACUUUGUAAGUGUGCAAUGCAUCAGAACUGCAGUUACACUACUGGGCCGAGGGGCGUUGGGACUGUUUUCACCCCAGUGGGUGCUCCUCGUCCUGAAGGGCUGAGCCACGAGGACCUAAAACUCCCCCACCCCCCAACCUGGAUCCAAGGCCACUAGCGAAAACAUCACACCGACGGAGCAGUAGGGCUCCACCUGAAUACCUGGACACCUGUACAGUCGUGUGAUACAUCUUGUUGUUUUUUUCUUUUUUGCUAUAUUUGCAAAAUUAUACUUUUUCAUUGUAGUUUUAGUCUGUAGCGAUAUACAACAGACUUGGAUUUAUAACUGGUCACUUCUCCAAGCUUUACAUCUUAAGCUGUAUCAACAAUCACCCUAAAACUAUUCUCAUAUCUGGAUGUUCAUGUACUCGGAUAGUCGGAUGUGUUUUAUAUAUUUAUUUAUUUAUUUUCAAAACUGAAAUUUUAACUGCUUGUUUUAAUGUUUUAUCGCAACAUUAAAAUGUGUAAAUAAUUUAACUCUGUGCCCCACCCGGACACGAGCAUUCUCGCGUAAAUCCACAUGCAGUAGACAACAUGCUAAACACCUCGGCUGUGAAGCAACACUUGAAACUAAUCGAUGGCACGUAUAUGCAUAUGUGAUAAAUUAGGUCCGCUGUGGCAGCACGACACUGACAACCUAGAGACGUCACAUGGUUUCGAACUGUCUGCAACGGUAAAUAUGUGCAGCUAUCUGCUAGCACACAUAGCUAAUGCUGCUGUUGUUGCCGUGAUUAAGUGGUUGCUAGGCUGCUAUCGUAUCCUAAAAUAUCCUAUAUGAUAAAAUAUGUAUAAUAUACUGUGUGUGUGUGUGUGUGUGUGUGUGUGUGUGUGUGUGUGUGUGUGUGUGUGUGUGUGUGUGUGUGUGUGAAUAUAUAUGUAAAUAAUAUGCUGUGCAGCAUCUAAGCAGCUGCCUCCGGUCUGAAAGCACGACUCUGCAUGAUUUAUUUAUGACACAGCAGCAGUAGCGGAUAAUUUUAUUGAUCAAACUGAACUUUGCUGAGCAGUUUAAAAAAAAUUAAAAAAGGGAAAAAAAUAGCCAAAUAAGCCAAAUAAAUCAUGAAGAAGAACAAUAAAAUAUCACCGAUCACGCCUCGGGUGUUUGGCCCCUCCCACUUUGCGCUUCAUCACCUCUUCUGAUCGUUUUUUGCACGUCGACAUCGACACUGAUGUUUAUCUGUGUUCGUGUAUCUACUGAUGACCAGCACGCCCUCCUUUACUCAUAAACCUUUUCUCUGUAUACGAUCUGAAAGAAACCAGGUGCAACCAUGUCAUUAAAGGACAAUCUAAUCUAAAGUCAUCCUCCUAAACCCUUAUUUAAACUGCACUUUUCCACCUUGACACCGCGUUACACGUUUAUAUUUAAACCCCAUUUGACCCAAAAGGUAAUUGUGGGUACAAUAGUUUUUUCAGCAAAGAUGUAUCUAAAUGUGGCUCAUGCUUUUCAAUCCCCCGUUUGUAAAUGAAGACCUUUUUUAAAUGAGUCUGGUUGUGUCGGAAAACUUUCCAGCCUCCUCCUUCUGUCCGUCCCAUGGAAGGAACAUGAUCCAAAUCUGCCAGAAGUGAAAUACUAAAACUAAGUAUCACUACCGGGUUGAUAAAUCUUUUGUCCUGCAGCGUCAGAGGUUUGUAUUCAGAUUCAGCCGUUUUUCACUUUUGUUACUUCUCUCGCUGACACCAUGGAGUAGCUGCUCGAUAGUCGUGCAAUAAAGGUUUGAAGUACCAGAAACUGAUAACAGCAGAAUUACAAUCAGAGUGAAAGGCCUGUAACCUCAGUUUAGCUGUUUGAUAAUCAGCAUGUGAUCCGAACUAUGAAACUCCCCUGAAAAUAAUUGUAAAUAGAAAAAAUGAUUGUCUGAUUAAA